AUGGAAGGCAGUAAAAUUCUUUCUCAAAAACUUCAAUCUGCAUUGAAUCAGCGUGAUCAUGACAAAAGGCUGAUCAACCCUCCCGACCCUUCGACCAUUGCCCAAAUGGUAGACUUCGGGUCAAAUGAUACACUUUCGCUGUCGAAAUCGGGAGCAUUGACUAGAUCUUUUCUAGAUCAACUCCAGAGAAACCCAAACUUCGUUGUCGGCAGUACCUCGACUCGCAUAUUUGAAGGCACCACGCAAUAUCUGAAAGACCUUGAAAGUUAUAUCGCUCAGUUCCACAACGCCGAGUCAGCUUUGUUUUUUAACACCGGUUUUGAUGCAAAUGUUGCACUUUGGUCAACUAUCCCACAGCCUGGAGACUUUAUCUUGUACGAUCAGUAUGCGCAUGCAAGCAUACAUGAUGGAAUGAGGGCUGGACGGGCUAAGGCCAUCCAGUUUGCGCAUAACGACUGUGCAUCUUUUCGCCAUGGUUUGGAAGGCAUCCGCGAUGAGAAUCCUAGCAUUGCAAAUGGCAGCCACGUGGUCUUCAUUGCCUUGGAGUCGUAUUAUAGCAUGGAUGGAGAUGAAACCCCAAUUCAUGAACUCCUUGACAUUGCCAAGAAUACCCUGCCAAGAAGGAAUUAUAUCUUUUCGGUAGAUGAGGCACAUUCAAACGGCCUUCUUGGACCGAAUGGCUCCGGGUUCGUCUCACAUCAUGGACUUGAGAAGGAAAUAGGCCUUCGUGUGCAUACAUAUGGCAAACCCUUUGGGUCAAGUGGAGGGGUGAUACUGGCUGACCCGAUUGUCAAAUACACUCUCAUCAAUUAUGCGCGGGGUGUCGUCUUCUCCACAGCCCCUGGAUUUGUCGCGUUAGCGGCCGUCAAAGCUGGUUACGAAAUCUCGGCCAGUGAAGAUGGAGAAAAGCGCCGGCGGAGCCUCCAAGAAAAUAUCCGGCACUUUCAGAAAACCCUCCUCGGUCAUCCUCAGUGGGCGGCUGUCAAUGAGAAAGGAAUUUUAUAUGUCCCAAACGAGAAGAGCUGGAAGUCUAUGCGAUCACAAUCGCCUAUCAUUCCCUUACUUACCAGACCAGCUGAGUCGAUUGAGCUGGCCGAACAUAUUCAUCAAUCUAAUUUUUGGGUCAACCCGGUGAGAUACCCUAUUGUUCCAAAAGGACAGGAUCGAGUGCGAAUUUCGAUACACGUGGACAACACCAAGGAGCAGAUUGAAGAGGUGAUCGAGGUCAUUAUGAACUGGGCAAUCGAGCGAGCUAAUAGGGAAGCCCAAUUGCUGUCAAGGCUCUAG